CACUCAUAUAAUCCCACAAACCCAUGUACUGAAGUAAUAGCUGCAUAAUUAUCAUAAUGCCAUAUGCCAGGAAGAUAUGUUAAACAGCAGGGCCUUCAUAGCUGUACUCUAAAUAUAGUCCAUGCAAUACAGUCGGGAUUUCAUUCUUAUGUAAAGCAGCAAUUGAAGGAAUAUAUCAGCAUUUAUAUGUGUCUCUAGAGAUUUAUUGUGAUAAUGGAAUUAUAGUAUAAUAAUGUAAAAAAGAAUUAUAUUUAAAAAGAGAAAGUCUUACAUUAAAGGCUCCUGCAUACUGUGUUAGUUAGUUCAUAUUUAUAUUGGAUCAUGUUAUUAUUAUAUAUAAAUUAGAAGCUAAUUGAUACAUAGCACAGUUAGUUACAUAUAAUUUGAAGUAAUUUAUUAUGUGUACAUGAGAAGUAAUUUGCAGGCUGGUGGGAAGAGAUCAUUGAUCAAGAGUAGGGGGGGUAAGGUAACAACAAACUCUUUCCUUUUCACAUCAAAUGUUAAGGUCAUGACUAAUAAAAUGCACGCUCAGUGACUUUAAUGCACUCAGGAGUUUGCUGCUACAGCCUAACUUGGUCUGGUACGACCACGACCUUAUGAUGGCUCGUCUUAGCUAAUGUUAGCAAACUAAAUAUUGCAGUAUAACUGACAUUAUUAAGUCACUAGCGUUAGCAUGCUUGUCAUAUGUUUAUGUUUUAGCAUUGCCACUUGUUCCAAAAUUUGAUAGAUUAAUAAACUUCAAAUGAUUGUUUGUUUGUUUGUUUUUUGCUUUUAGUUUUUUGUGGUACUUUAUAUGAACUUAAGGAGCUGCUUCUCUCACAGGAGUAAUUACUGAUACUGCCUGAGCAAUAGUUUCUUUUUUCCUGUUCAGUGGUUUUCAACCUGGGAUUUAGGAAUCUCUGAGUGAUCAAAAAAUAAUAUGAUCAGAAGCUCUAGAUAAAAAAAAAAAAAAAAAAGAAAGCUAUGAAGUGUCUUGUGCAGGCUCGUGGGGUUUUAUGAAAUGAAAUAACAUUUUUGUAAGAGCAGCCUUCCCUUUUUCUGAAGUUUAACAUCUUAGUUUGUAACCAAAUACUCCUCCCUGGUCCUGCAGUCUGAUGUGAGGCAGGCUGCCAGCUGAGGUCUGCUUCAGCCUCCUCAGUGUCCAUUCUCACAAUGCAGGUGUGAGGACGGGAGCGCUGAGAGAGAGAGGGGAGGGGGAGGGGGUAAAGGAUGGAUGUUGCACAACCUCCAGGGGUCUGCAUCCAGCUGCAACAUCCUCUUGACCAGAUGUACGAACAGAUGCUGUUCUCUCUGGCGUCCACAGUUUAUCUCCCAUCACCUGCUCAAGGUCAUCAAGACACUUGAGUCUGAUGUAUCUCCUAUCCUUGAACGUAGAUCCCAUGUCGCACACAAACUCCUCUGGUCCGUCUGUGGAAAUAAAAAAUCUGCUCCGUUUCCCACCGUCCAGCACAUACUCUGGCCCUGAGUUUUUACAGUGAAGCUCAACACGUCAUAGUCCAUCUGCCCAGGACAGAGCAAACAGCUACCAGGCCCACAGAUGACAUAAUGGCCUCAUUAAAAGGAAUAUAUAGCAGCACCUCUGGUGCCCUGUACCAGGUGGUCUGCACACAGACACCAGGAACCACUGCAGGCACAGGCCAAAGUCGAUGGGUUUGACUUUGAGAGGAUGCUGCUGGUCGUCCACAACCAUAUGAUUCUGGAUCUGAUUCCCACUGAUGUAACUAUAAUCAUUCUCAGCUGUUGUCAUGGGAAGACCCAGGUUGUUUCUGCUCUCCAUGUAAACACAGGCUUAGGUUUAGAUGGUACGGCUGUCUUGCCAGUCACAGAAUUUCAGUGUGAUUCUUGUCGACCUUGAUGGGCCUCGCUUUGUCUCUUUUGAUGUUGGGACAUCUGGUUACAAAAAGCUCUCUGGGGACGACCUCCAGCUUGUGGCACCUGCCAAGUUUGCUCCCUUUAAAAAACUAGAGGCCGUCUGUAAAACCAAUAUUUAACUCCUUUUGGCUCUGUGUGUUUGUCACCAACUUUCAGGCUUCAGGUAGUGUACAGUAUAUAUAAUAAUACAUACAAUAUAAUGACACAAAACCUACAGAUAAUGAAAUAAGAGAGGGUGCUAGAGUAAUUAAACUCUGUAUAUACUGUAUGAACAGUCCUGUGGUCCUGAGUAAGUGCUGUCACUCAUGCAUCCAGCCAACCGUGCUCUUCAGGAACACCUCCUCCAGUCAGUGAUGGAUGGGGGUAAUUGUCUCUCAUCCCAGCUGAAGCCUGCACAAUACUCUGCCCCGUUCCUCAUAUUGUCAUUUCUAGGGCUUCCAGUGUGUUUUAUGUAGGCCAAGAUGGAGGGAAGGAAAUAGAGAGGAAAUUCAUUCUUUUACCCUCCUUCAUUCUUUGUUUAUUGUCAUGAAAACAUUUCAAGCUCCAUCUCCUUGCCUGUGGACAAAUUCAUGAAUGAAAUAUGAAACAGAAAUAUUUCUGCUACCUUCAGCUCCUGACCAGUGCUGGUUAGUUGCAGGCAUCAUCAGAACGGAAAAUAAUACUACUUAACGCUCAGGCUGAACUUUAGCUGUCACCCUGUUUUGUACAAUUAGACAACGUUUACACUCCGCAUGCAUAUUUGUGUGGGAGAGUUUGUGUGUGCAUCUGUUGGGGCUGCAGGACUCUUAAUCUGGAUUAUCAUGCAAGCGCGGCCAUGCUUUUCAUAAUCAGUUUGGUGAGCUGUGAUUCUCGGCAGCGCAUGACACAUCUGGAUGCAGGCAGUCGGUUAAAGGGAGGUGUGUGUGACUGCGUGAGAGAGAGAGAGGGGGAGAGAGAGAGAGCUUUGAGACUACUCGCUCCGUGGUCUUUGAGCGCACAAAUGGAGAGGGAACCAGCAGAACACAACAGCAACCAGCGGGUUUAGUCACAUUUCCAUUCACAAAAUUAUUUUUUCAGGAGCCUGAAAGCAGCGGUUUACCCUGCACAUAGAAGCUCAACAAGUGACUUGUAGGUGCCUCGACUGUGCGAUGUGAAGUGAAGAGAUGGCAGAGAGUGGAAAAAGUGGGGAAGGGAGCAGUGAGGAUAAAGAAAGAGGAGGUGGGAGAACUCAACAGGAGCCCCACAAACUCUCCCCCGUUGGUGCAGCCUCCUUUGGAGCCAAAAGGCAUCUCCCCCGAGGGAUUGUGAUCCAGUUGACUGGGACAGAGGGAGAAUGGGACAGUCUGGAUGACAGUGAGCUCAUCUUCUCCCUGGAUCACGAUGAGGACUACCCAUCCAUAUCUCUCUCUAAGGAGAGGCAGCUCUCUGUUGAGGAUGACAGAGGGUUGCAGUCUCAAGCUUUCCAUGUCCCUCUCUCCCCCUCUUCGCCAGGCUCUCUGGGGAACUGCUCCGCCACCGGCCCCAGUUUCCUCUCCCCGGGCCCAUCCUCGCCCACCCACCGGCCUCUUGCAAACCUGGUCAAGUCUCUCUCCACGGAGCUGGAGCUGAAAGAAGGCUCCACCCUCAGACCCAAGCCCCUUCUCAGCCUCGUGAAGUCGAUCUCCACGGAGGUCUCCCGCUCCGAGCCCGAGGUGUCGCAGUCCAAAUCUGACUCCCGCCUCAACCUCCACCUGUGGAAGCAGCUAACCCGCAGCAACGGGGACUCUCGCACUGCGCCCCCUUCUCCUAGCUCACUCUCCCCUAGCGCAGAGGGUCUGAAAGGGGGCUUCUUCAAAAUGGAGCUGGAGGACACCAAGAGGAAGCUCUCGGAGGCCGUGCACGAACCUCUGAGCAGCAUGUUCAGUAAGAUCAUGAGAGAGGAGAGCGCGGGCAGCCCCAAACACCAGUGUAAGACCCAGGGCGCUCACCAGGCCAGCUCCAGAGGUUUGGGGCGGGAAAGCAGCACAGACACGGCUCUUUCGGAGUCUCCCGUGAGGAACGUUAGAAAAGCAGACGCUGAUGUGCCUGUGUUUGACUGGCCUUCUGUCAGACAUCUUGGGAGAAUUCACCGCAGCUCCUGUCCCGUGCAUCAAAACAGACAACAUAACGAGGAGCUGGAAAUAUGUACAGAUGGUGAUAUGAUGCAAGUAUUAGCCAUCGAGACACACAGGCAGGCGAGGAGACCGCCUGCUGGGUCUCCAAUCCCUGUAGCACCCUUAGCUCAGACUUCCCCUCUUCCUCAGCCCCCUCACCCUCUGCCACGCAUGAGUUUGUUCUGUGUGGCAGUGCUGUCUUACAGCUACUUCAUCCUACCUCUUAGUCCAUACUUCUCUGGCCUGGCUCUGGGACUAGCACUGGGCUUCUUGCUGGGAUUGCUGCUCAUUAGGAUGGGUUCCUCCAGGUCUCGUCGUCCGGCUCCUGCCGACAGAGCAGCGCAGACCCUGCUGGGGGAGGUGAUUUUGACAGGUGGCACUCUCAACACUGAGCCCGACAUCCUCAAGGGGUGGAUGAAUGAGAUACACGAGUACGACCCAGAAACCUACCAUCCAGCUCUGACUCACUCCGUGUUUGCCACCCUGGAGGGUUCCUGUCUCCGUCUGGACUCCCCACGCACCAACAUCAGCCGCAGGGCCACGUACGACGAAAGAGUCCAGGAGGCCACCUUCGUCAAGUCACGCUGCUUUCAGCUGGCGAAGAGCAAGGUAUUCCUGCUGCCAUCUGUGCUGGCGCAGAAGAGGGUGUGGAACCCGAAGUAUCCCAUCUGCAUCCAACUGGCUGGGGGAGGAAACUCCCAGGAGGAUGAGGGAGGAAGAUCGGAGGAGAGUCGGGGAGAGGAGCCAGGAGGAGUUGAACCGACAAGUCAAAAACAAAGUUCCUGUAAACCCGUCCAUGACCUUCCCACCACUCUUUACCUCUUCGGCCGCACAGGACGAGAGAAAGAAGAGUGGUUUCGUCAUUUCCUGUUUGCCUCCAUAGAUGCAGAGAGGGAAAACGAGAGGGACAGACAGAGGCCUGGCAGAUGUGUGUCCAGAUCGGGUGAUCCAGCACCAGCACAGAGCGUUUGUGCCUCAGGUAACAUCCCAAGCAGCAGAGGCUCCAGCAGAGUGGGCAGCAGUGAUGAGGAUGCCCCCUGCACACCCCCAAUCCCCUGCGUCCCUGCAGCCCACGUCAGCCAGACCUCCAGUAGCACCAGGGGCCUUUCACUGCUAGAUUACCCUAGCUACAUGGCUCGUCUCCUGGCCGCAGAGGAGAUGUCCCCCCUCUCCAGCCCUGGAGCCAGCAGCACGGAGACAAGCCCAACCCUUAAAGGAAACUGUACCUGCGAUCUAGCAGAGUACCCCGGGAAGAGCCAGACUGCGUGGGCUAACGCUCUAAUUGGUCGAAUCUUCUGGGACUUCCUGCGAGAGAGGCACUGGGCCGACGCAGUUUCCCACAAGAUCCAGAAGAAGCUCAGCAAAAUCAGAUUGCCUUACUUUAUGAACGAGCUCACUCUGACUGAGUUGGAUAUGGGCAGCUCUAUGCCACAUAUUACCGCUACCUCCAGACCAGAGGUUAACCACAGAGGCCUGUGGUUGGAGCUGCAGCUGGUCUACACCGGUGCCCUGCAGAUGACCCUGCAGACCAAAUUCAACUUGUCCAAGCUGGGCAAAGAGAGCGGCCAGGACCCAGACUGUAUGACUGAAACUGGUAGCCCACGCUGCAGGCCCAUCCUCACUGUGUUGGCGGACAGUGAUGAAGAGUCCUCCAGCGCUGGUUCAUCUGAUGAGGAGGAGCCGCUUCUCUCCGAGCCUCAGGGGCCGGUGGGGGAGAAGGGACCCACACCUAUAGCUGAAGGGACAGGGGGAGGCAGGACUGGGAGGAAGAUUUUGAGAUUUGUGGACAAAAUCGCUAAAUCCAAGUAUUUCCAGAAGGCGACAGAGAACGAGUUCAUUAAGAAGAAGUUUGAGGAGAUGUCCAACACGCCCCUGCUGCUCACUGUGGAGGUUCAGGAGCUGUCAGGGACUCUGGUCAUCAACAUCCCGCCACCCCCUACUGACAGGAUAUGGUACAGUUUCUGUGUGCCCCCCAAGCUGGAUCUGCGUGUCCGGCCCAAACUGGGGGAGAGGGAGGUGACUUUCUGCCAUGUAACUGAGUGGAUUGAGAGGAAACUGCAGGACGAGUUCCAGAAAGUGUUUGUUCUGCCAAACAUGGAUGACAUCUACUUACCCCUGAUGCACUCUGGGGUGGAAAACCCUCAAGCCUCCCAGCAUCAGUCCCCUCAGUCCCCUCAGUCCCAGAGCUCCUCCACAAACUCUAUCGAGAAGAUCCCACCUGAGAUCUCCGGGCCAGAGUCGGACUAGCCGCCGAUCAAAGGAGAGCUGAGGCUGCAAAAUGGUUUUAUUACAUUAUAUAUUCAUAGUGAGAAAAGGAGAAGAAGCAGAAGGAGAAUCUCGAAACAGAACAUCUCCCACGCAGACUUAAAAACCCUUAUGUCUGAGCCAGGAGUUUCUAAAGGUCGGACAUGUUGCGCUGUAGGUUUAGCUGGGGAUGGUAUAGUCAUUUAAUCAUGACAAACUAAUACAAGUGAUUCCUUUUGCAAAUGUUUACAUGUGAAUGAACCCUGUGGGAUUAUAUAUAUAUAUAUAUAUAUAUAUAUAUAUAUAUAUAUAUAUACAUAUACAUAAAUAUAUAUAUAUAUAUUUAUUUAUUUAUUUGCUGCUUUGAUGUUUACAACUUGAUAUCACUUUGGAUAUGAGAUGAUGGACAUUAUUAAA